AUUCCCUCCCCGCGUGCCUCGGAUAACCAUUCACGGAUUAAGUCCGUCCAACACUGCGGGUACGUACUCUUGUGUAGGUACCUCCCAAGAAGUCUCGUGAGCCGUUCGUUAAUCAUUUGGUGUUUUUAACUUCAGCCUCUCCUUCUUCCUCUUCCCAUUCUCUUACUCCCGUCUUUUGUCUUCUUGUUUUGUUUUUCGAAUCCACACGAUAUGUCUCAAUGCGUCGUUACCCAGAGCGUGGAGCAGUUUGAUCUUGCUUCCCCAUAUUAUAUGCUCCAUCACCGAGUGCAACAACCUGCGAAUCCACCUGCGCAAACACCCAUCACCCAACACUCCUUGGACCCAAAGCAGAACAAGAACAACAACAACAAUAUCAAUGACCAUGAAUUCUCCCAACUCAUCACCAACUUCUCCACCCUCCUCCCCCGCGAACUCAGAGACAUAAUCUACCACCACCUCCUCGCCCUCUCCCCGCCCUCCCCCUGGACCGUCGUCGAAAACGCAACCAUAGUCUCCGCGCCCCGACCCUCCAAACCCCUCCGCACCCCCUUCCUCUCCCGCCUCAUAUCCCGCAAGACCCUCCCCUCCUGGGCCCUGGACGAGAUGGCGCAAGCCUUCUACCGCACCAACUCCUUCGAACUGUCUCCGAACUGCCCCGACGCAAUCCUGACGUCCUUCCUGCGCGAGGAUUUCCUAGGUAGCAGUGUCGUGCCAGGCCAUCACGUGCGACACCUCGUCCUCCCCGUCAAGGCGCCGCGCAUCUUCUUCGACGCGAGGACCUCGCACGCGAAGUUCUUUGACGAGCGCGCGGCCGCCGUGUUCGAUGCGCUGGCCGCGCGGGUCAGGAAGAUGGUUUCGGCCAUGGAAGACGGUGGGGAGAGGAGGGGUGUCAAGGUGGAGUUUGUGGUGCAGGAGUUCAGCGUACUGCCUAUGAUGCAUACGUUUAGGUUGCUUGCGCCGAUUGUGUUUGAGCUUAGGGAGCGGGGGUUUAGGGCUGAGGUGUCGAGGAAUGAGUCUGCGUGGAUGCAGGCUUCUGGGAAGGAUGCGGGGAUGCAGACGGUUUUUACGGAUCUGUUCGCGGCUGGUGAUGGUGUUGAGGUUGGGUCGAGGGGGUAUUGGGAGGGGAGGGAUGGGUGGAAGGUUGGCGGGGAUCAGGAUUGUGAGAAACAUGAUUUCCUUGCUGAAGUCAUUCAACACAGGCUGGAUGGUUGUCAUUCGUCUUUUCGGGACAUGCGCCGCUGAUGCAUCUCAUUCCAUGAAAUUCUUUUGAGGUUACGAAUAUACCCACAAUGCACGCACAGAAUCGUUCUUUGGGUUUUUGUCAAUUGACUUCGGCGUUACAUAGGAGGAAUUCCAUCAUAUAUAUCGCAUUUCUUCAAUCCCAAUGAUCAUCGGACAUAAGCCUGCCAUUUC